UCCGAGUAAUCAGACGCGGGACUGCGGCGGUGGUAGCUCCAUCGCGGGCGUCACUAGCCCCUCUCUCUCACUCCGUUGCUUACACACCGAGCUAGUCGAGCGCACAGUUUCGCGCGCCGUCCAUCGCGAUCGCCGUCAGCGCACCUUCCGUGCUCCUGCGCUUCCCGCCAUCGGCGCGAGAAGCUUGCGUGGCUACUCUGGUUAUUGUGUUAUCACCCACGCACGUUUAGCGCGGCGCUACGCUUUGAUCUUGUCUUCGUCGUUCUGUUCUGCGUGUGGUUGAGAGAAAAAAAAAAGAAAACGCUGCUAACAGCGGUUGUCCGUGUCAGGCAGUGAAGUGAGGUGUUUGGCCAAGCGUCGAUCGUCGUUUCGGGGGUAAGCGGGUAUCGAGCACGUUUGCCUGAACGCUGUUUUCCUCUUCGAGCGGCUCGUCCAGACGGGAAGCAGCCGUUAAAGCGGAACGGUCAUGGAUAAGGAGCCCGUGCUCCUCACCAUCCAGCCACUGGAGAAUGGCAAGCUGGAAGCUGUCUACUGCAACAACUGGCUUCGAGAAGCCCGUCAACGUGUUACCCGAAAAUGGCAAGAAUUUUUUGGAGGCCCCCAAAUUAACAGUGGACGACCAGCGGUCAAUAGCAAGCUCCAUCGACAGCAGGGCAAGCGGGAGCCGGAACUUCGAGAACAUCAAAAUAGAAUGGAAGAACCUACGCUUUACGGUUAAGGAGGGAAAGGGCACGAAGACUCUCGUGGACAACAUGAGCGGCGCUGCACGGCCUGGAACACUAACAGCCAUCAUGGGUCCGUCUGGUGCCGGCAAGACUACUUUGCUCAACCUACUCAGUGGAUUCUACGACACGGGCUACGAAGGAGAAGUGCAGAUCAACGGCUACGUGCGGUCCCCACGGCUGUUCACCAAACAAAGCUGCUACGUGAUGCAGCAGGACCGGCUCUCUCCGACGCUCACCGUUCAAGAGGCGCUCACCAUGAGCGUCGAACUGCGCAUGCCCUUGCUGGACAAAGUGAGCAAGAUGGAGAAGGUUAACCACUCGAUUCAAGGAUGGGGACUGUACGAAUGCCGCAAGACGAGGACGAGCGAUCUUUCUGGCGGCCAGCGCCGGCGGCUGGCCAUUGCCCAAGAGCUCGUGAACAACCCGCCCGUGGUUUUCCUGGACGAACCAACCAGUGGUUUGGACAACGUAUCUAGUCUUCUGUGCGUCCAGAUUCUCAAGGAGAUGGCGGAACGUGGACACACCGUGAUCUGCUCGAUACACACGCCAAGCGCCAAGAUUUUCUCCCACUUUGAUUUGCUUUACAUGGUAUCAAAGGGGCGCUGCAUAUACAAUGGCCCGGUGGACGAUCUGGUUCAGUUCCUGUCACGGCAUAGCCUGAAUUGCCCUCAGUAUCACAACCCUGCAGAUUACGUUGCUGAAGUAGCCGCUGGCGACUACGGAGACUACACAGAGGAACUCUAAGAGUUUGAGGAGCCAAUUCCCGAAGAGAAGGAGUCGGGAGACCGCACGCGGCGAACUGUAUAUGGUGGCAAGAUCAUGUCUGAAAGGCACAUGGCAGAGGUCAACAAACUCUACACCUUCACUACUUCCAGCUUUCACCAAUUCGGAAUCCUACUCCGGCGUUGUUGGCUCUCCGUUUCCAGAAACAAGGUGGCCACUCCUUUGAGGUUCGCCGCGUACCUUGCGUUCGCCAUCAUGAUGAUCAUGCUCUACUACGACAUCGGCAGAAAGGCGUCUACGGUCAUCAACAACGCGAACAUGUUCUUCGGCAUGUGCUGCAUCGUCAUGUUCCAGUCCAUCCUGCCCACGGUGAUCGUCUUCCCCAUCGAAAUCUCGGUACUCCAGAGGGAGCACAGAAAUCGGUGGUACAGCGUCAAGCUCUUCUAUUUGGCUCGCUACAUCGUCGAGCUUCCGUUUUUGGUCAUUCCUGUGAUUAUGCUCAUAGCGCUGAUCUACUACCCCACAUCCCAACCACUCGACAUGUGGAGAAUAGCAAGCCUCGCCCUGUUCAACAUUCAGCUUUGCUCCUCCAUCCAGGCCCUGGGGCUCAUUGUUUCGGCGGUCACAAAACUUCAGACGGCGGUGUUCGUCGCGCUACCGGUGGUAUCGCCGUUCUUCUUCUUUAGCGGCUUCUUCGUGCAGUCGCAUCUCGUGUCACCGUACAUACGAUGGCUGACGUACUUGUCGCCCAUGUACUACGCCUACCACGGCAUGCUGCUCUCGGUCUACGGCUUCGACAGGCCGCCACUGAGCUGCGACGACUUCAUCUGUCUCUACGAAGACCCCAAAGAGUUCCUCCAGUUCACCGGCACGGCGGACAAGAAGUUCCACGUGCUCGUGCUGUCCCUAUUCGCCUUCGAGAUCGUUUUUCGCACGGUCGCCUUCAUCCUUUUAAGGCUCAGGCUCAAGCAAAAGGAGUGAAGAAGGCUUGCUCAUAGAGACUCUAAGAGGACUUGGUCGUCAUUAUUCGAGCGGGCAGACGCGUCUGAUCCCACUGAGGCAUGAAAGGACAAGUCCAGAAGCGCCACCUUGAUUCUUUGUGUUCCAAGGGGGACUUAUCAUCUUCAUUAUAUAUAGGCACCAUCUAUGUCGGAGAGAAUAAUCUUCAUAGUGGACUUGUGUGCAGUCUAUUCUAGACAGUCAUGUUUUAAACGGUAUGUGUUCACUGACUCGCAUGACCUUGGUUCAGGUCGUUGCGUUGAGCCUCGCUGUACUCUCUUAUUGAGGAGACCGACGUGGAUGCAUGUACUAAGUUUCGGUGUCCUUACAAAAGUAGGCACAGUUGGGCCAUUGGUAACGCGAACCCAAGUACAAUUAGACGACAAUGUGAAAGAAAAAAGAAGCUUUCGAGUGCUUGGACGUGCUUGUGCUAGCCCAUGCUUUUCACACUGAUGCAUUCUGCCACGUUUAUUUGACUGUCCAUGUAUCCCCGAACCAAACCAAAAGGCUUACAGCAAGGCCUCUCGCUGUGUAUUAUGUAUUUUGCGUGACUACCAGUCACGGUUCAUUCAUUCUCAUCGCAUCGGGGACAACCGAGAAAGAGUGUAAGUGGGAAUGAGAGAGGAUUGUAUACUCGAACAAAUGUGAAUGUGCUCCGUGUGGCGUUCAUUGUAUGUAGCGUUUAAGGCGGACAUAUAUCAUUUCACUCAUUCAAGUUCGACGAGCAUGACGUCUACUCAGGUUCUACAAUUUUUCCCUUGCUUGUUUCUUUGCACACAGACUGGUGCGGUGAAAUAGACAGUUCACAGUUAUAGGAGGGGGUCAACUAUGUUUGUGUGAUUAAUAAAGAAAGUGACCGUGACAGUUUA